UUGCCUUUCAAUUACAAGUUCUCGGACCUUUCAAAAGGUGAAAAUAAAGUAUAUAUAGAUAAUAAUUAUGUUUAUACAUUCGAAUAUCCCUGCAAAACAACAUAUGAUUGUGCUCAUUACGAAGUCAAUUUUCCACCAGGAAAAUAUCUUCUUGAAGUUUGGGGAGCACAAGGAGGAGUAUAUUUGUCUGAAGUUAGUGGCCCAGGAGGUUAUUCAAAAGGUAUUCUUACACUGAAAAGUGAAACAAAAGGAUUUCUAUAUAUCGGCGGAAAAGGAACUGCUGAAAAAACGGUUGGCAUACAAAAGGGCGGAUUCAAUGGUGGUGGAAAUGGAUAUUUUUAUGGAUCAGAUUCGUAUGGUGCUGGUGGAGGCGGUGCAAGUGAUAUUCGUCUCGUAAAUAACUCAUUAAAAACUCGUAUAAUAGUUGCGGGUGGUGGAGGGGGGUCAUCAUAUGCAUAUAAUAGCUACAGUGAAGAUUUAAAAAUGUAUCAUAUUCUAGGCGGGGCUGGAGGUGGUUAUCAAGGAGGUGAUGGAGCAUUUAAUACUAAAUAUAAAAGCGGCGCGGCAUAUGGAGCAACGCAAUCAGGUCCUAGUGUCACACUAAGUUAUAGUUCUAGUUCAAAAGCUGAAUUUGGAAAUGGAGGAUCGUAUACCUGCACUUCAUGCAAAUAUUAUGCCGCUGGAGGUGGAGGAGGUUGGUUUGGAGGUGCUGCUGCUGGAGGCUAUGGAUAUAGUGGUGCAGGAGGUUCAGGAUAUGUUCUGACAUCGACUUCUUUCAAACCAAAGGAUUAUAUUUACAAGAGAGAACAUUUUUUGAUGAAAGCAUCAAUGAAGAGUGGAAUCCAAUACGGAAAUGGUGUUAUCAGAAUCACGUUGUUGGAUUUUGUUGAAAACGAAAACAUUAAAAUUCAUGGAUGCGGUCUUUCUGGUUUUAGUUUCUCACAACUUGUUUCAUUUAUAACUCUACCUUCAGUCGAAUAA